AAACAGCGAUUUUAGGAGUUGUUGAAAUAUUAGCACACCGCUUGCAACUGGCAGAAGGCAAUAAUGCAAGACCAAAAAUUGUAUAUAUGGAGCAGGCUACUGCUACUUGCCAACCAAACCAAGAGGGGCAUGGCAAUGGGGGUCAUGAGUUUCCUAUGGUCAUUGCUAGCGCUCCUGAUGAUCGUCAUGGUGAUCGCCAGCGAUGAGGCCGCGUUGCUUGCUUUUAAAGCACAAGUCAGCGAUGGCAGCUCGCUGGCCUCCUGGAAUAGCAGUGCUGAUUUCUGCAGCUGGGAAGGCGUGACAUGCAGCCACCGGAGGCCCGCGCGGGUGGUGGAGCUGAGCUUGGACAGCAGAGCACUCGCCGGAGUACUCUCCCCAGCCCUAGGGAACCUCACGUUCCUGCGGAUGCUCAACCUGAGCUUCAACUGGUUCCAUGGGGAGAUUCCAGCAAGCCUCGGCCGCCUCCGUCGCCUACAGAGGCUAGACUUGAACGACAACUCCUUCUCCGGCAAGUUCCCUGUAAACCUGAGUUCCUGCAUUAGGCUGAACAAAAUGGGACUACACAACAACAAGAUUGGCGGCCACAUCCCAGCUGAGCUCGGCGAAAAGUUCAUAUCCCUAGCAGUGAUCUCGCUGAGGAACAACAGUUUCACAGGUCCCAUCCCGGGGUCUUUGGCCAAUCUGUCCUAUCUACGAUAUCUGGAUUUCUCUGCCAACCAGCUAGUUGGCUCAAUCCCACCAGUGCUCGGAAGCAUCCAGACCAUGCGGUUUUUCAGUCUCUCCCAAAACAACCUCUCUGGUAUGCUUCCACCUUCUCUCUACAACUUAUCGUCGCUGGAAGUUUUUGAUAUAAGUCACAAUAUGUUGUAUGGAAGCAUUCUGGAUGAUAUCGACAACAAGUUCCCCAAGAUAAAUGGUCUUUACUUGGGUAAUAAUUACUUCGCGGGGACCAUCCCUUCCUCAAUAUCUAAUCUAUCUAACCUCAUACAACUCAGCCUGGGGUUCAAUAGAUUUAGUGGGUAUGUGCCUCCAACAUUGGGGAAGUUGCAAGCUCUCCAACAUCUCCACUUGUCUGACACUAAGCUUGAAGCAAAUGAUAACAAAGGGUGGGAAUUCAUCACUUCUUUGGCAAACUGCAGCCAGUUGCGCUUCUUGUCACUCGGCGGCUACUCUUUAGAAGGAUUGCUGCCAGCUUCAGUUACUAACCUCUCAACGACUCUUCAAGAGUUAUACUUACUGGACAGUCGGGUCACUGGAGUUAUUCCUGCAGACAUAGGCAAUUUGGUUGGUCUCACCAGGCUUGCAAUAGCAAACAAUUAUAUCUCCGGAGUGAUCCCAGAGAGCAUCGGUAAGCUGGAAAACUUGGUUGAGCUAGCCUUGUAUAACAAUAGCUUGUCUGGCCUCAUACCGCCGUCAAUAGGGAACCUCUCACAGUUAAACAGGCUUUAUGCAUACUACGGAAACUUGGAGGGGCCCAUUCCAGCAAGCCUGGGGGAGCUGAAAAACCUAUUCUUACUUGAUUUGUCAACAAACUACAGACUUAACGGUUCAAUACCCAGAGAGAUUUUGAAAUUAUCUGGCCUUUCUUGGUACUUGGACUUGUCAUACAAUUCCCUUUCAGGACCCCUUCCUAAUGAGGUUGGUAGCUUGGCAAACCUCAACCAACUGAUUCUAUCAGGAAAUCAGUUGUCUGGCAAGAUACCGGAUAGUAUUCAGAAUUGCAUAGUCUUGGACUGGUUAUUAUUAGACAAUAAUUUGUUCGAGGGGAGCAUACCUCGAUCACUGACAAAUAUUAAGGGGCUCAGUAAACUGAAUCUGACCAUGAAUAAGCUCUCUGGUAAUAUUCCUGAGGCCCUUGCUAGUAUCGGAAACCUGCAGGAACUGUACCUAGCACACAAUGACUUUUCUGGAUCAAUCCCGGCAGUUCUACAGAAUUUGACUUCAUUGUCCAAAUUGGAUCUGUCCUUUAAUAAUUUGCAAGGUGAGGUGCCAGAUGGAGGUGUUUUCAGAAACAUCACUUAUGUAGAAGUUGUUGCUGGGAAUACCAAUCUGUGUGGUGGUAGACCUCAACUUCACUUGGUUCCAUGUUCCACAAGCCGCAUUAGGAAGAACAGAAAAAGGAUGUCAAAGUCUCUUGUAAUUUCGCUAGCAACAGCUGGAACAAUCUUGUUGUCAGUUUUGGUUCUUGUUCUUGUUUGGAUACUUCGUAGGAAGCUCAGACAAAGCCAGAAGAUACUAGUGCAGUACUCAGAUGCUGAGAACCAUUAUGAAAGAAUCCCCUAUCAUGCAUUAAUGAGAGGAACUAACGAAUUUUCAGAUAUUAACUUGCUUGGGAGAGGAAGUUACGGUGCAGUUUAUAAGUGUGUUUUGGCAAAUGAGGACAGAACAUUGGCUAUCAAGGUGUUUAACCUCGGUCAAUCCAGGUAUUCCAAGAGUUUCGAGGUUGAAUGUGAAGCCAUGAGAAGGAUACGGCAUCGUUGUCUCAUAAAUAUCAUUACUUCUUGUUCAAGCGUUGACCACCAAGGUCAAGAGUUCAAGGCAUUGGUGUUUGAGUUCAUGCCAAAUGGUAACUUGGAUGGUUGGCUCCACCCAAAAUCUCAAGAGCCCACUACAAACAACACGCUCAGCCUUGCCCAGAGGCUUGAUAUUGCUAUCAAUAUUGUGGACGCAGUAGAAUAUCUGCACAUCUAUUGUCAACCAUUGGUAAUCCAUUGUGAUCUUAAGCCAAGCAACAUUCUUCUUGCUGACGACAUGAGCGCCCGCGUUGGAGACUUUGGCAUAUCAAGGAUCCUUCAAGAAAAUACAAGCGAGAGGAUGCAAACUUCAUAUAGCACAAUUGGGAUAAAAGGUUCCAUUGGCUAUGUUGCUCCAGAGUAUGGAGAAGGCUCUGUGGUCUCAACUCACGGUGAUAUUUAUAGUCUUGGCAUAUUGCUGCUUGAGAUGUUCACUGGAAGGCGCCCAACAGAUGACAGGUUCAUAGAUUCAUUGGAUCUGCAUAAGUUUGUCGAGGAUGCUCUUCUAGAUAGAACCUUGGAGGUAGCUGACCCAACAAUCUGGAUGCACAACGAACAACACGAGAACAAUACUAUUAGAACGCAGAAGUGCUUGGUUUCAGCGUUGAGGCUUGGCAUAUCCUGCUCAAAGCAACAGCCUCGAGAACGAACAUUGACAGGAGAUGCAGCAGCAGAGAUGCGUGCAAUCAGAGAUGCAUACCUCGCGUUUGCUGGCUAGGUUACAGGGGAACAUGAAGCAGGAAAAGAAGCCCUGACUCAAUAAAUUCAGAACAGGAUUGAAAAACCAAGUUUGUACAAGACACGAUCCUGCGAUUUAUAUGCAGCGCUUUAGUUAGUACUAUAAUUGUUCUCAUUCUGGGAUUUGUGUUUCUUUACAUCUGUAUCAAAUAAAUGCAAAGUGCAGAACCAUUUUUUGUGUGUGCAAUAAUAGCAAGUUCUAGUCAUUCCA